ACAAUUGGAAAAUGGAAUUAAUUGUUUGUUUGAUGCAAAGCACUUUGCAGUUACCAUACUGUCAUCAUUUCAUUCCCCCCUAACAAUUUGCCAACUAAGAAACCCCACCUUUCCAGCUUUUUGCUCUCUCAAAACUUGUUCCUAUUGUUGUUGUUGUUACCAAAAGGUUGUUCCAAAUCUGGAUUUCAAAAACAAUAUAGAUUCGCCGCAACCCAUUUGAAUCUCUGAGAGAAGGAGCAUAUCAAAAUCAUUUUUCUUUUUCCUGAAGAGCAAAUGGGGGCGUAUAGAGCUGAUGAGGAUUACGAUUAUCUGUUCAAGGUUGUGCUGAUUGGGGACUCUGGUGUGGGAAAAUCGAACCUUUUGUCUAGGUUCACCAAGAACGAAUUCAGCCUUGAAUCCAAGUCCACCAUUGGGGUUGAGUUUGCCACCAGAAGCAUUAGGGUUGAUGAAAAGGUACUCAAGGCUCAGAUUUGGGACACUGCUGGCCAGGAAAGGUACCGAGCAAUCACUAGUGCAUAUUAUCGAGGAGCCGUUGGUGCUUUAUUAGUCUAUGAUGUUACCCGCCAUGUUACAUUUGAAAAUAUGGAGAGAUGGUUGAAGGAGCUCAGAGAUCACACAGAUGCCAACAUUGUGGUUAUGCUUGUUGGGAACAAAGCAGAUUUGCGUCAUCUGAGAGCAGUUUCUACUGAAGAAGCUACAGCUUUUGCGGAACGGGAGAAAACGUUUUUCAUGGAAACAUCUGCCCUCGAGUCCAUGAACGUUGAAAAUGCCUUCACAGAAGUGCUGACACAGAUCUAUCAUGUUGUAAGCAAGAAGGCCCUUGAAAUUGGUGAUGAUCCAGCAGCAUUACCAAAAGGACAGACGAUAAAUGUUGGGUCUCGUGAUGACGUAUCGGCUGUUAAGAAAGAUGGAUGUUGUUCUGCUUGAGCAUGCAGUAAAAACCUCUGUAUAUGUUCUGUUUAUAUCCAUGUAGAGUUUCACCCUUAAAGCAUGAAAAUGAUUGUCUAGAGAGCAUUACAAUCUCAACUUUCUGCUUUGCUAUGCAGAGAAAUCUGUUCAAUUCAAGUCAAUUUUUCAGGAAGCAUGCACUUCCAUUUUGCUAUUUGGUUGUUGUUGUUUCAUGAAGCUGUUAAUUUAUCGAAUUUGUCUUAGGCUUCUU